UUAAUCAACUCAUAGUUUUCCCCCCACGUCUCUUUUUCGAUGCUCGGUGUUUAUUGUCUUUCAUCGACGUCAAAUGUAUUUUGAGCGCGCCCUUUAUUUGUGCAGCAACGAGACCCUUGGCUGUCGGUCACGCGCACACACGUGCACAGACGCACGCGCGCUUUUUCGUUGCUCCAGAAUCAAGAGAGGAGGCAGCAGCAGCAGCUGCAGCUGAGGAGGAGAAGCGGCUGGACAGAGACGGCAGACGGACGGGCUUUGACUUUGGGGACAUUGGGGACGUUUUGCUGGAGGAGCCAGUGAAGCGGAGGAUGGAGCAGCACUGAGAAGAGAGGGUAAAGCCAAGGUGGCACCGCGAGUAGAUGAUGCUCAUUUGCCGCAGGCCCCAUCAUCGUGAAAUCGGAUACGGACUUGCGGCGGAUGGGGUGACGGAGCUCGCUGCUCCGCCGGGGAGGUCCCUGCCUGCGGACGGUACCGGGGUGGGAGCUGCCUGGUUCUAAAAGGAAGGAAGGAGUGGCAAGUGGGGAAAAUGCAGACGGAGGAGGAGACGGCCACCGCGGAAGAGCCUAUUUUGGAGGAAGGGUCAGGACGAGAGCAGCAGCGACCACUCCAACAGUCUCUGGCCUCCUCCCUGUGUCGGGAGUCCCACUGGAAGUGCCUCCUCCUGACUCUCCUCAUGUACGGCUGCUUCGCCACACUUGCCUGGUGUGCUCUCUGUCGGGUGCCCGUCCUCGGCUCCUCCUCCAUACCUCUCGGUGCCGAUGACGAUGCGACCUCGGCAGCCUACUACAACGACAUCCUGCACCUGGAGAGUCCAUGCUCCAGUGGUUACGUCUACAUCCCCCUGGCCUUCCUGGCCAUGCUGUAUGUGGUUUACCUGGUGGAGUGUUGGCACUGCUUCUCCAAGACGGCCAUGUUGGCUCAUGCUGAAUUCCAGGAAGUGUACGAGCGUGUGCAGAGGCUUCAGCAGGCCACGCCCUGUAUUUGGUGGAAGGCCAUCAGCUACCAUUACGUGAGGAGGACGAGACAGGUGACGAGAUAUCGCAAUGGAGAUGCGUACACGACCACACAGGUCUACCACGAACGGGUCAACACUCACGCCUCCAGUUCAGAGUUCGACUACGCCCGUUACGGUGUCAAAGACGUGUCAAAGGAGCUGCUGGACUUGCAGGUUCACCCUGCAGUCCGCCUCCGUUUCACCAAGUGUUUCAGCUUCUCCAGCGCACGUGCAGAAGCUGCCUACCUCACCCAGCGAGCACGUUUCUUCGGGGAGAAUGAAGGGCUUGACGACUACAUGGAGGCCAGGGAGGGAAUGCACUUGAAGAAUGUGGACUUCCGUGAACACAUCCUGGCGUUCCCAGAUCCUGCUCAUCAGCCUUGGUUUUCCCGACAUAAAGUCUUCUGGCUAGCUUCGGCCUUCCUCUUGUCAUGGCCGCUGCGGGUCGUGUCAGAAUUUCGCACGGCGUACGUCCACUACCAUGUGGAGAAGCUCUUCGGUGAGGAUGAGGAUACGGGAGGAGGAGGUGGUGGAGGACCGGGAGUUGGGAGGGGGGAUGGGACUGAAGGUGGAACUGAAAAUGGAAUCCAUCCGGGAGGUAUUACCAUUGGGAUUGGUCUGAAUGGGACAAGUUACAGGGCAAUUUCUCGGGUCAACACAGUGGACAUGACAGAAUUGGAGUGGCACAUCCGCUGUAACCAACAGAUGGUCCCAAGCUACUCUGAAGCCCUGCUUAUGGACUUGGACAUAAGUGGGGGGACAAACCUCACUGCAUCUACCCCAAUCUCUGGGCCCCCAGGCAACACCCCCAAUCACGUGACCAACCCACCUCCUCUUGCUCUGCCUGUGGUGUUCAACUCAGCUUACCUCCUCCAGAGCUGUCCUCGAUGCCGGAGGACAACAUCCAGCUCCAGUCUUCCUUCCAGACUAAGAGCCCCCAUGGGAACCACAGCCCUCCUGAACGCCACUGUGGCAGGGAUCAGGGCAGCAGCGCCAGUAGGUGGAGGUAUAGGAGGAAGGCUGGUGCUCAGUAGAAGUGGAUUCUCACUCGGGAGGCUGGGAGGAGGACGCCAGAGCAGCCUGUUUCAUUCAAGGAGCAUCGGUGGAGGGCUGGGAGGCAGCAGGGAAGAUGGAGGAGGAAGUGUGGGAGGAGGGGGAGGAGGGGGAGGUGGGAUCGGCAGCGGUGGUGGGGGAAGCGGAGGAUUCCUGGGGUUAGGUUCGAGACAGGACAACGAGGAGACGAGAGGAGUGCUCGAAGGAGAAGGGGAUGACGAUGAAGAAGAGGAGCAGGAGGCGGAGUUGAGGAUUGAGGACCGGGGAAGAGGAGGCAGAGAGAGGGACGAAGAGGUUGAACAGGAGAACAGAGGGGGAGGUGAGGUGAGGGAAAGCGGGAGGGACCGUCCCCCAUCCUACGAGGACGCAUUCUUCUUUCCCGUCCUGAUCAUACAUGGAGAGGAGAGCUGCCAUGCUGGAGACGACAUGUGACAAACAGAGACAUCAACACACUGAAGGGAAGAAAAUAAGUGUGGACAGAGGCUGAGGGUUGAUGAAAGAGACUGAGCAGAAAGAGAAGAGUGGAAGGCAAUUGAGAUAUGAUAGACCUAGAACGAAUGAAAUGAGAACUGGAAGAGAGGGUUUGCUUCACAGCACACCAACCACAGAGAGGGUUGAUGGAUUCAGGCAAAACAAAUCAUCAGAUGUGAGACCAGCUCUGUGCUAGGAAAUAGGGAAGGUGAUAGAGUAGGAAGGUAAAAAGGAAUGAUCGUGAACGAGGUUAAGAGAAGCAGAAAAAGAGCAACAGUGAGAGGGAUAUGAGCAGAGUGUAAAAGUCAGAGGAGAUGGAUGCUGAUAGAGAUAAGAUGGAGUCUAAGCAGAGUGUGUGUGUGUGUGAGAGAGAGAGAAGAUGACAAAUCAGAUCUUUGGAAAAAAAUGGAAAGACUAAAAACUAGUCUAGUUCCAGAUAUAUCUAUGCAAGAACAUGAGUGGGAGGAGCGACUAAAGAUAGCAACUGGAGGGAAGUGGAGACGGUCCAAACUGGAUGAGUGGUUGUGGGUAUUUAAAAAAAACAAAACAAGUCGAGGAAUAAGGUAUUUUAAAGUUUCAGUUUUGCUAAAAUAU